AUGACACUUCCAAAGCGAGCCCGGAGCCCGGAGUUCAUUGCUGAUGCCGAUGGAAAUGUUUACAAACGCGCCCUCGAGUUCGUCAAAGAUCCCUCCGAGCAGACGCAACAUGUCUCAAAGACUGUCGCGAAUCCCAAAGAUACCGUCGCCGACAGGUGUCCGACAGUUUCUGGACCGACUCAUACCGACCCUCGACCCCCUUCUUGCGCACUGCCUGCGCUACCUCCGCCUGAACUUCAGGGGUUGGCGAUGCCUGGUGAGGCCAGGAGCAGGUCCAUCGAUCGCACAAGUCGCGUCGACAACGUAACGCCAACCCGCAAGCUUCCAGGCAGAUCACCCUCGCCCAGUGGUGACGUUCGGAUUCCCUUGUGGCGGAAUGAGACUCGCGCCUUCAAAUGCACAUGUGAACUUCCGCCAAGAAUCAUUGGAAAGGAGUUAGCCGAAAGUGCGCAUAAUGCUGAGCUGUGGGUCGAUGGUAAGCCACAGUUCAACCUAUUUGUUGACGGGUCUCAUAAGCCUUACGAGCCAAAGACCAAGGAUCACAGACGACCAGAGUACCAUUCAUGGGGCUACGGCGGCUACGGUGUGGUUUUCCGUAACCCCUACCACGGAAAGGGGAGCGCCGAGUUCGACCACAACCACAACGAUAACGCCAAGUCCAAGAGCCACACCAAGGAAGACGAGGACGAAUUGGGACCAGGCCACUUUAGCAAGCGUUCCUGGAGAUCCUAUCGCGUGCUAUCGAUUGAUCAUGCAGAGUUGGCCGCCAUCUUUCAAGGCCUUGCAACCUUCCUCACCUUGGUCAGACGACACAGACCUCCCUCCGGUACUUCCGUUUGUGUUUUCACGGACAGCUCAGACAGUGUCCGACGGCUACGAAAUAAGCGCGCACUUGCAGAUGACGAGCCGGUAUCUUUGCGCAACGCUCUUACCAUGCCGCUGGUGCGUGCUAUCAUAUGGUUGUCACACUGCAUCUCCGACGAAGGGUGCGAGAUCAAACUCCAAUGGCUGCCAAGAUGCUGUGUACGGGGGCACAAGCUGGCAGACAGGGCUGCAGGAUCGUGGAGAAGAAAGAAAGCCGUCUUCUACCAGAAAAACAAGCCGCUUUGGCGGAGAGAUGGCACUCUCGAUGCGGUCCACGAAGACCUCAUGAAGGUGGUCAAGCGGAUCGAAGCCGGAGAACAGGCUCUUCUACCUCAUUGCGGUACAGAAAGAGAUUGA